GUUUAUACUAGUGAGUUCCUGCCCUCCGCUUUUCUUCUCUUCCUCCUCUCUGCCUGCCGGAUCCAUCGGUCUGCUUACCGAACCUCGUCUGACAGCUGCAGCUUCGCCACUUUAACUUCCAGACACAACUUUCCUGUCGUGGAAAACUCAUCCAAGACUUUCAAAAUGGCCGGCAGAGGAACCGUGAAAGCAAGUGGAAACUUCAACGCCAGUGCGGAUGCUGAGGUCCUGUACAAGGCCAUGAAAGGGCUCGGGACGGAUGAGGAUUCCAUCCUGCAGCUGUUGACGGCUCGAAGCAACGGCCAGAGGCAGGAGAUCAAGUCUGCCUACAAGACCCAGUUUGGAAAGGAUCUGAUCAGCGACCUGAAGGGAGAGCUGGGUGGUAAAUUUGAGACUCUGAUCGUGGGUCUGAUGACCCCACCCCUCGCUUAUGAUGUGACAGCCCUCCGCAAUGCCAUCAAGGGGGCAGGAACAGAUGAGAAGGUCCUGGUGGAGAUUCUGGCCUCCAGAACUCCCCAGCAGGUGAAGGACAUCUCCGCUGCUUAUAGAAAGGAGUAUGAUGAUGACCUGGAGGAGGAUAUUUCUGGUGACACCUCAGGUCACUUCAAGAGACUUCUGGUUAUUCUGCUCCAGGGUAACAGGCAGAAGGGGAUCCAGGAGGGAACUAUAGAGGCUGAUGCUCAGGUCCUCUUCCAGGCAGGAGAGAAGAAGUUCGGCACUGAUGAACAAACGUUUGUCACCGUCCUGGGAAACCGGAGCCCAGAACAUCUUAGGAAAGUGUUUGACGCCUACAUGAAGUUGUCUGGCUUUGAGAUGGAGGAGAGCAUAAAGAGAGAAACAUCUGGAAGCCUGAGAGACCUGCUUCUUGCCGUCGUGAAGUGUGCCAGGAGUGUCCCAGCCUAUUUUGCUGAGACUCUGUACUAUUCAAUGAAGGGUGCAGGAACUGAUGACGAAACCUUGAUCAGGGUGAUGGUGACUCGUAGUGAGGUGGACCUGUUGGACAUCAGAUCUGAUUUCAGGAGGCUGUUUGCCUGCUCUCUGCACUCCAUGGUCAAGGGAGAUACCGGUGGCGACUACCGUAAAGCUUUACUGCUGCUCUGUGGAGGAGAUGAUGCGUAACCAUGGCAACAAGUGCAAUAGGAACCACACCUGAAGUGCCUUUUUCUCUAAGCCGGCCAAGUACGCCUGCCGAAACGACAACAAGCUAUCAUAAAGUUUUCCACAAACAUAAACUUGCUUGUACGUGACAGACGGCCCCUCAGGUCCUUUUUUAAACUAUGAUUCCAAAUAUUGUCUUUGAAAGGUAGCUAACAUUUUGUUAACAGAAGUCGACAUUUAAAAUAGCUUUUGGUCCGCUAAUAUCUUCACUAAUGUUUUGUCAUUCAUUUAUAGCAAGAUAUAAGACAACAAUUGUUUUUUGUAUGCACUUUGUACUGCAGAACCAGUAUAUGCAAUAAUAAACAUUUCACUUGAUGAAGUAAAUCUUUA